UGCUGCUGUUGGGGAUUUUCCUGUACACACGCUGGCGGAGCUAUAAGGGGCUGAAGGAGGGCGUAUAUCACGUGUCUGCGCACCAUGACGGAUGGGAGGACAUUCGAGAGAAUGUGCUCAACUACGACGAGGAGGGCGGCGGGGAGGAGGAUCAGAACGCCUAUGACAUGGCAGAGCUCCAGAAGUCCCUGCAGCCCAGCCCGGCCCAGUCGGUGCAGUACAGCUGGUCGCGAGCCCUCCACCACCACCCUCCCUCCCAGCAGCAACAGCAGCAACACUUUUGCCAGCCUGACCCCCCCUCCAGAGCGGGCACGGCCACCACCACUUCCUCCAUCUCCUCGGGAACAGCCACCAUCCGAAGGGACGUACCCCCCUGCCGCUCUCCGGCUCAAGGCCAGACUGCAAAUCCCAGCCGAGCGGUCCAGCUGGCCCGCAAGAGCUUGUCGUUCUCCAGCCAGGACCUGGCCCGCUACCUGUGUGAAAUUAUCCGUGAUGCCGACCAGCACCCGGAGACG